AUGUCAACAUCUGAUCAUCCAGAGUCAGAUGGUCAGACGGAACGUGCCAAUCGUGUCCUUGAAGAGAUACUUCGAGGAUACGUACACUCCUUUGAGAGUUGGAGUGAGUUUUUGCCGAUGGUAGAGUUUGCCAUCAACAACUCGGUGCAUGCGUCCACGACACAUACACCGUUUUACGUGAAUGGCUUGCGCCAUCCGCGUGUACCCACCUUACUAGAGUGUAACUCUGGUUUAAGGGAGGGAGGGACUCGCGCGAGCAAAAACCGAUUUGGUUCACGCUCAUCACGCUCUGACGAAGAAGUCAUUGCGUUUGAUGCCGAUAUCGAUAACAUCGAUAUCGAAGAAGAUGAUGCCAGUGAGAGUGCGGAAGCCCUCACUGAAGACAAUGAUCCCAGUGAGAGUGCGGAAGCCCUCACUGAAGAAAAGAUGAGUUCAUACUGGCUCGUGAAACGGUAG